UUAUUAGAAAAGAAAAAACUUUUGUGAUUUUUACGUCUCAGAAGAGAAUUAAUGCUUGACUAUCAAUUGGAGAUAUAAGAAAUUUCCCCUUUCAUAAUUGCACUAGUUUACUUUCUUUGGUAAAGAAAUCAAAUAUUUUUCAAUACUUCAUUAAACCAUCUAACCUUCAUAUAUACUAUGCAGAAUAUUCUUUCACCUUUGUGCCGUAAAUCUAGCAACUUAUUUUGGUAAUCUCUUGGACAUAAAUGUGGAAGUGAAAGUUAUAUUUUGUGACUUUGGAGGGGGUGCGCAUGCUUUUGAGCUCAUAGUGCGGCUUUGCUACAAUAGCAGUAUGGAGAUAACUCCAUCCAACGUGGCCAUGCUAUGUUCUGCUGUUAAUGUCUUGGAGAUGGAAUGUGAUGAUGGUCCUGGAACACCCAACUUGAAACCCCACAUUGAAAAAUUUCUUGAAGGGAUUCGGUUCUGGACUUGGUCUGAGCUCCUUGAAGCAUUGAAACAGUGUCAAGGCUUAUUCUCUUUCAAAGGUUAUUUGGCAAUUCUGGACAGAAUUGUGGAUCACUUGAUAGAGAGGCUAGCUUCACCAGGCAUUACAAGCCCAAACACAUGUUCCUCCAACAGAUCCAGCUUCCAGUUUUCUUGUGACACCAGCAGUAAUAACAGUUGGAGAAAUAACUGCUCUGGGGCUACAUGGUGGUUUGAACAUCUUCUUUUCUUGAAGAUUGAUUUGUUGGACAAGGUCAUAAGGACAAUGUUAUCUUAUGAUUUUGACCAUGGUGUGAUCUCUAGGUUUCUGUUCUGCUAUCACAACUCAACUUGUCUUGGUGCUGCACAAGUUGAGAAGGUUCAGACUACUAAGGUUGUAAUUGAUCUUCUUUUUCUGCUAGAUUUGAGGUCAAUUUCUUGCAAGGAUUUAUUCAAUCUUAAUCGAAUUGCUGUUACUUUGAAAAUGAGCAGAAGUUGCAUAAACAAGAUAGAAAGUCUUAUAGGUCCUUUGCUGGAUCAAACAACAGUUGAUUAUCUACUUCUUCCAUCUCCACACGGGAGAGACACUGUAUAUGAUGUUGAUUUUGUCCUAAGGCUCAUACACAUAUUUUUCUUUGGAGGCAGUUUUGAGUUAACUUCGAAUCAACUUAAGAGAGUGGCGAAAAUGAUGGAUUUGUUCCUUGUGGAAGUUGCUCCAGAUCCGCAUCUCAAACCUUGUGAGUUCGAAGCAUUGAUUACAGUGCUCCCAGAUACUGCAAGGGAAUCUCAUGAUCAAUUUUACCUAGCUAUGGACAUGUAUUUAAAGGUCCAUGCAGGAUUAAGUGAAAAAGAAAAGAUAAGUAUCUGUUGUACACUGAAUCACGAGAAGCUGUCAGCAGAACUUUUGAGACAUCUUACUCGAAACUUGGUAUUUCCUUUAGAGGCAAAACCAAGAGCUUAUGUUACUAGACAAUGCCGAAUGAAAACCUUGCUCCAGGAAAACGAUCAUUUGAAAAACUUUUUUGACUCCGUGUUUCGGAAAAGCUUCAAGAACAUGGAAGUGAAAGAGGAUGUUGAAAAGAGAAGCUAUGAUGCUGAGGAGCUUAGUAGAGAUUUGGAAGGAAUGCAAAGUGGGACCCAGCUGGCCAGUGUAAAGAAGUCAGGGGCUCAUAUUAUGAGCAAUGCUAUAUACUUGCCAAAACUCUGUUCAUGAUGUUUAGUUUCAGAUUUCACCUUCAAUUUUGUUUAUCCUUGUGUAGCCUUCGACUAUUAAAGGACUAAAGUUACUGAAAUCCUGUACAGAUAUCAUAUUCUACGUAUCAGAUUUCAUAUAUGAUAUGAUUUUGGCGAGUGACCACAAAAU